UCCCCCCACCGGAACAGCCUCCAUGGUGGCCCUUGCUAGCCAGUAUGUCGGGCCAGCUUGGCUAUGAUGUCAGGCGGUAUUGUUAAUUAUUACGUGACAACAACGUCGCCGCAACGUUAGGAGGAAAGCAGCAGCCGUGUCCUUUUAUCGUCAGUCAAUGUCAGCUGGUUCUUGGCAGUGUUAUGGAUGAACCAUGAAGGCCCAAUUACAAGUCACAGUGCUUUCAGCCAAGCUGAAGGAAAACAAAAAGAACUGGUUCGGCCCCAGUCCAUAUGUGGAAGUAGCCGUGGAUGGCCAGUCAAAGCGGACCGAGAAGUGCAACAACACACACAGUCCAAAAUGGAAGCAGGCGCUCACCGUGAUUGUGACUCCUAUCAGCAAGCUGAUAUUCCGUGUUUGGAGCUACCAGACGCUGAAGGCAGACAUCUUGUUAGGAAUGGCCACUCUGGAGAUCCAGGAGACACUGAAGGCUAACGACUUGAAAUUGUCGGAGGUGGUACAGACGCUGCAGCUGUGCUCCGACAGAGACUCCCGGGACGUCGUCGGUGACCUGUCAGUCUGUCUAGAUGGCAUGCAUGUCGACCCCGAAGCCUUUGCCUCAGCAGAGAGAGACCAUGCUUCCCUCAUAGACGAUGCAAGACAAAACGGCAACAGGCCAAGCAGAGACACGUCUCCGUCCAGUGACUCUGACGAGUGGGUCAUCGUACCUGAUGCUUGCACUGUCAACUCCCAGUCCGUAGGAGGUGCCACCGGUUCUCAUCGCUCUCGACCAGCUCGACCUUCUUCCGCUCCUGCUUCCUCUAGCAGUUCAUCUCCAAGUGAGUUGAGCGAGGGUCUGGCAUCGGAAGGCUCCCCCCAGGCAUCUGCCAGCGUGAGCUCAGAUCUUCAUGACAACACGGGUGUAGCGGCGGCGGCAGCAGCAGCAGCAGCCGCCGUAGCAGCAGCUGCAGCAAAACCUGCUGCUAAUGGCCCCAAACCCGUGGCCCCAGCGGCACCAUCCACAGCAGCUUCCAGGGCCAUGAGCAGUGGCCCUUUGCCACCAGGCUGGGAGCAGCGUGUGGACCCAAAUGGACGUAUGUACUUUGUCGACCACAUUGAAAAGAGAACUACCUGGGACCGACCAGAGGCUCUACCUACAGGUUGGGAACGCAGGGUGGACCCCAUGGGCCGGGUGUACUUCGUGGACCACAUCACCAGGACGACCACGUGGCAGCGCCCCACGCAGGAGUCUGUGCGUAACUACGAGGAGUGGCAGCAUCAGCGCAGCCAGCUGCAGGGAGCCAUGCAGCAGUUUAACCAGAGGUUCAUAUAUGGGCUCCAAGACCAGCUUGCAGCAACAUCCAACAAAGAGUUUGACCCACUGGGACCCCUGCCGCACGGUUGGGAAAAGAGGACAGACAGCAAUGGCAGAGUGUAUUUUGUCCACCACCCAACACGUGCAACACAAUGGGAAGACCCGAGGACACAAGGGCUGCUCAAUGACAAGCCUUUGCCUGAAGGCUGGGAGAUGAGGUUCACCGUGGAUGGCACUCCCUACUUUGUGGAUCACAACAGACGAACCACAACCUACAUUGACCCACGUACAGGGAAAUCAUCCCUUGAAAACGGCCCACAGAUUACCUACGUCAGGGACUUUAAAGCCAAAGUGCAAUACUUCAGGUUCUGGUGUCAGCAACUAUCAAUGCCUCAGCACAUUAAGAUUUCUGUCACCAGGAAAACUUUGUUUGAGGAUUCAUUCCAGCAGAUCAUGAGCUUCCAUCCUCAAGAUCUAAGACGCAGAUUGUGGAUCAUUUUCCCCGGAGAGGAAGGUUUGGACUAUGGAGGCGUGGCUCGGGAAUGGUUCUUCUUGCUUUCUCACGAAGUGCUGAACCCUAUGUACUGUUUGUUUGAGUAUGCUGGCAAGGACAACUACUGCCUGCAGAUCAACCCUGCAUCCUACAUCAACCCGGACCACCUCAAGUACUUCAAGUUCAUCGGCCGCUUCAUUGCCAUGGCCUUGUUCCACGGCAAGUUCAUCGACACAGGUUUCUCCCUGCCUUUCUACAAGCGCAUCCUGAACAAGCCACUUGCUCUCAAAGACUUGGAGUCCGUGGAUCCGGAGUUUUACAACUCUCUCAUAUGGAUCAAGGAUAACAACAUAGAAGAGUGCGGUCUGGAGAUGUUCUUCUCAGUCGACAAAGAGAUCCUGGGGGAGGUCACCACCCACGAGCUCAAGCCAGACGGCGGGAACAUUCAAGUGACUGAGGAAAACAAGGAGGAAUACAUCAGGCUGGUGGCAGAGUGGAGGCUGUCCAGGGGUGUGGAGGAGCAGACCCAGGCCUUUUUUGAGGGCUUCAAUGAGGUCCUACCCCAGCAAUACCUGCAGUACUUUGACGCUAAGGAAUUAGAGGUGAUGCUGUGUGGGAUGCAGGAGAUCGACCUCGUGGACUGGCAGAGGAACGCAAUCUACAGACAUUACACUCGAAGCAGCAAGCAGAUUCUUUGGUUUUGGCAGUUUGUGAAGGAGAUGGACAACGAGAAGAGGAUGAGGCUGCUGCAGUUCGUCACCGGUACUUGUCGUCUUCCCGUUGGCGGCUUCGCCGACCUCAUGGGAAGCAAUGGGCCGCAGAAGUUCUGCAUUGAGAAGGUGGGCAAAGAGAACUGGCUUCCGCGAAGCCACACGUGCUUUAAUCGUCUGGAUCUGCCUCCCUACAAGAGCUACGAGCAGCUGAAGGAGAAACUCAUGUUUGCCAUCGAGGAGACGGAAGGUUUCGGGCAGGAGUAACCACAGCACUUUUUCCUCGCGUUUGUCUCUGCAGCCUGGAGCUGCUUUUAUUUCCCAGAGUCACCAACUAUAUGCAAUUCCGCAGCUGCUUUCAAAGCGCUUUCAGAAUAAGAGACUCUUCCCUGCAUUGAUCUAACAUGGCUCCGCGUGAUAACAGUGGUUGUUUCUUCACCCUUUUCACAACAUGCUUAACGCUGUGCAAGUGUGAAACAGAAGAAGCUCCAUGAGGACCUCCCUGUCAAGACUAUGCACUCAGAUUAUAUUUUGAAAUUAUAUUUGAUUUAUACAUCUUAAAAAAUAAUCGGGUUUUUUUUCUUGUAUUCAAAUGGCUGAUUGGACUGAUUAAUGUAGCACAGGAUGUUCUUUAAAAAAAAAAAUCUUCUCAUUUCUCUAACAUACCCUCGUUUGCACAUGAACUGUGAAAGGGCAAGACAGCCUGAUUGUCCCUGAAAGCAUGCUUUUAUUUCUUUUUCUUUUUCAAGUGCAAUAGUUUCGCAGCUGUACCAACAAUAGUCUUGAUCACUUUACGAGAUAAGUUUUCACUUUUUAGUGCUGAUUUUACUCUCCGAUUCGAAGACCGGCCGGCGCAGGUUUUCAAAUGUUUUUAACAGUUUGGUUUAGAGUUCAUCGGACCAGGACCAAACUUAGCAGAAAAAAAGGGGGCGUUCUUAACUGUGUAAUACAAAAAUAUCGGCCCUCGAGUCGUCCUUUUGUCAUCCACUGUGUGAAUAACUGAUUACUGAUGACGUGGGAACAAUCCUGUGUGAUAGAUUUGUAAAAUAAUAUCCUUCUCCCACUGAGUGGUAGCCAAGAAAUGAUCCUGACUAGGUAUUGAAGAAUGCUGAAAUGUGAGCAUUUAAGGUGUUUGGGUGACUACUACAGUGUAAAUACACUUAGCAGGAGAAUGUGUUUCAUAUCUAUAUAUAUCUAAUUCACCCAAGUCGUGGUUCCCUUUUUUUGUGAUUGUUGCUUGGGAGUGGAGCACUAGCAGGCGACCCUAGUUUUAUAGGGAGGGCGGGGGCGGGGGGCAUUAUUUUGUGAUUUCUACAGGGAUUUUGACUUUCAAGCUGUUAUCCUUACAGGUGUUAUGAUCCGCUUCUCAGAUCAUCACAUAUUCUUGUUUUGUUCCAUUUUGGUAUCACAUUCUGUUGUUUGACGUCCGUAUUUCCUGUUUGUUCUGUCGCCAUGGUUGCAUAUUAGGUCCACCUGCUACUCGCUGUUUACGUACAUCUGUUAUUCUUGAUUACUGCCUUCUUUAAGCCUGCCCCUAUUGUUCAUUCGGUCUCGGAUCCUAAUUUGCCUUACACGCAACGAGUAUGUUUUUCUAUGUAUUUACUCGCUAGCUUUCGCGAUACGCUUAGUUUAUCCCUAGCUCACAUGCUAGUAGUUUUUGUUUUGCCUUUUGUGCCCUUGUGCCAGUUUUUCCGUUUCCUUGUCAGUUUUUAUUUUCGGGUCUCCCCAUGUCUAGCAUUAAAAGAUUACAGUUGGUACAAAAUGCGGCUGCUAGACUUUUGACAAGAACAAGAAAGUUUGAUCACAUUACGCCUGUACUGGCUCACCUGCACUGGCUUCCUGUGCACUUAAGAUGUGACUUUAAGGUUUUACUACUUACGUAUAAAAUACUACACGGUCUAGCUCCAUCCUAUCUUGCCGAUUGUAUUGUACCAUAUGUCCCGGCAAGAAGUCUGCGUUCAAAGGACUCUGGCUUAUUAGUGAUUCCCAAAGCCCAAAAAAAGUCUGCGGGCUAUAGAGCUUUUUCAUUUCGGGCUCCAGUACUCUGGAAUGCCCUCCCGGUAACAGUUCGAGAUGCCACCUCAGUAGAAGCAUUCCAGUCUCACCUUAAAACUCAUUUGUAUACUCUAGCCUUUAAAUAGACUCCCUUUUUAGACCAGUUGAUCUGCCGUUUCUUUUCUUUUUCUUCUAUGUCCCACUCUCCUUUGUGGAGGGGGUCCGGUCCGAUCCGGUGGCCAUGUACUGCUUGCCUGUGUAUCGGCUGGGGACAUCUCUGCGCUGCUGAUCCGCCUCCGCUUGGGAUGAUUUCCUGCCUGCUCCGCUGUGAACGGGACUCUCGCUGCUGUGUUGGAUCCGCUUUGGACUGGACUCUCGCGACUGUGUUGGAUCCAUUAUGGAUCAAACUUUCACAGUAUCAUGUUAGACCCGCUUGACAUCCAUUGCUUUCCUCCUCUCCAAGGUUCUCAUAGUCAUCAUUGUCACCGAUGUCCCACUGGGUGUGAGUUUUCCUUGCCCUUUUGUGGGCCUACCGAGGAUGUCGUAGUGGUUUGUGCAGCCCUUUGAGACACUAGUGAUUUAGGGCUAUAUAAGUAAACAUUGAUUGAUUGAUUGAUUUAUUAGUUAAUAAAUCUUCUUUUCUUACCAUUCGUUGUGUUCUUGCCCGAACGCAUCCACGAAAGAACAAAUCCGGCAUCGCUAUGCCCCUCAAGCGUAACAGUAGGAUCCGAGCAAGUAAGAAAGGUUAUUUUGCGUCAGACAGCAACGAGGUACUUCGAGCGUUGGAGGCUGAGACACUCCGCUGCGCGCCAGGUGAAGACAUGAUGUGGGGCUCUGGCAGUUUCUUGGUCCCGAUCAAUUCCACCUGGUCCGGGGAUGUCCCCUCCCAAACCGCUCGCACUCGUCAACGAAGGCGGAAGUCGCAAAGAAGGGUUUCGCCUCGCGACUGUGAGGCUGGGUGGGCAUAGUGACGCCGGAUUUGUUCUUUCGUGGAUGCGUUAGGUCAAAAACACAGCGAAUGGUAAGAAAAUAAGAUUUAUUAACUAAUAAAAAUAGACAAGGAAACCAAAAAACUGGCACAAGGGCACAAAAGGCAAUACAAAAACUACUAGCAUGUGAGCUAGGGAUAAACUAUGCGUAGCGCGAAAGCUAGCGAGUAAAUACAUUGAAAAACGUACCUCAAGGCAAAUUAGGAUCCGAGACUGAAUGAACAAAAGGGGCAGGCUUAAAUAAGGCAGUAAUCAAGAAUAACAGGUGUGCGUAAACAGCGAGUAGCAGGUGGAACUAAUAUGCAAUAAUGGUGACAGAACAAACAGGAACUAAGGACGUCAAACAACAGAAUGUGGUAUCAAAAUGGGACAAAACAAGAAUACGCGAUGAUCCGGGUAGCGGAUCAUAACAACAGGGGAAAACAUCAAACUUCUAAGUGUGUUUGUCCAAAGAAUCUUAAACGUUACCUAAAAUUGUUAUUAAUGAUAAGGUGUUUCGAUGCUAUUCAUGUGUUCUUGCUCACUCGGAAAUCAACAUGACUGAUCACACGGAGUCCUAAUAUGAUAAAGUGGCCCUAACAUGAUUAGGAUGUUUAUCUCUUCAGUCACUGGUGUGAUGCUUGAAUAUGUCAUGGCUGCAGCAUGAGGUAUACCAAGUGUGGAUGUUGUUGACUAAAAAUGUUAGUCUUCGUUAUCACCAACAGAGUUAGUUAUGGAAGCAGUUUUUAAUUUAGUUAAACAAUUUCUUAUUUUUGGUCAUCUAAAUUCCUCAACACUAAAACUGCAGUGAAUUGUGUUUACUAAAAUGUGCAAUAUAAAGGAUGAAGCAUCUUUAAAGUUGUCUUGAAACUACUUUUAUGACAGUUAUCCCACCGAGACCUUCAGUGAUGUCCUACUUAGUGCAACUUUAAUAAAUACCCCUCAAAAUACCAUAAUUUAUGUCAUCACAUGACCACGAUUCGAGAAAUGCUAUACAGAAACACACUAGUGCACAACAGUGUACAAAACAGACUAUAUUUCGGCACAUUUAAAAAUGAAUGAACCCGCAUCAGCAUUUAAAACAUACUUUACAUCAGGGGUCUCAAACUCAAUUUACCUGGGGGCCACUGAAUGCAGAAACUGGGUGAGGCUGGGCCGCAAGAAAAGAUUUCUUAAACAAAUCUAACAUGCACUUUUUAAUGAAUACACCUUCUUUGAAUGGCUUUCCCGCCCCAGCAACAUACUUGCCAACUCUCGCGACAUUAAUAUUAAGGGCACGCCGUGACGGCACUGCCUUUAAUGUCCUCUACAACCUGAACUAACAACGUGCCAACCCAGCCAUAUGUAUUAUUUGGCUUCCAUAGACGCAGUAAGACAUACUUGAUCAACAGCCAUACAGGUCACACUGAGGGUGGCCGUAUAAACAACUUUAAUACUGUUACAAAAAUGUGCCACCCUGUGAACCCACACCAAACAAGAUUGACACAUUUUGGUAGAACAUUCACACCGUAACACAACAUAAACACAACAGAACAAAUACCCACAAUCAAAUGCAGCCCUAACUCUUCCGGGCUACAAUAGAGGACGGGGUGUAUAUUGUAGCCCGGAAGAGUUAGGGCUGCAUGGGAUUCUGGGUAUUUGUUCUGUUGUGUUACGGUGCGGAUGUUUUCCCAAAAUGGGUUUGUCAUUUUUGUUUGGCGUGGGUUCACAGUGUGGCACAUAUUUGUAACCGUGUUAAAGUUGUUUAUAAGGCCACCCUCAGUGUGACCUGUAUGGCUGUUGAUCAACUAUGUCUUGCAGUCGCUUACUGCGUCUACUGAGGCUAAAUACAACAUGGCACGCUCUUAGUGUAGAUUGUAGAGGACGCUAAAGGCAGUGUCUCCACGGUGUUCCCUUAAUGUUGUUGUUAGGGUGAAAUUCGGGAGAAUGAUUACCCCUGGAGGAGCACUGAAAAUUGGGAGUCUCCCGGAAAAAUCAAGGGCAUGCAAGUACGACGCUGUAAAGCGUCUUUCAUAUAAAACUUGCGGGCCGCACCAACAUUAAAAUUUAACAUCAAGAUGCGGGCCGCAAAUUAACGUCUCGCGGGCCGCAAUUAGCCCGCGGUCCUCGUGUUUGAGACCCCUGCCUUACAUGGUACUGUCAAAAUUAAAAUAAUUGUAAAGAACAUAUUAAACGUGGGAAAAUAAAUAAAUAAAUAAAAUAUUUGCACGUUUUCUUUAAGAGUUAAAGAAGUGAGAACCGAUUAUUUCUCAGUUGGCCGGGUAUGGCCCCUUCCUGCUUCUCGCAAAUUACAAUUUGCGAUUGGAUUCUCACUUGGGAGUGACAAGUGAAAAUCCAAUUAAAGUCACUUUUAGCGUAAGGCUACCUAGAUGGGCUACUGUCAAGAACUGGUGAUCCGAUUGGCUAUCGCAACUUGUCUACCCGGCAGAAAUAAUACAGCCCUGGCAACACCUUAGCUGAAUUCUGAUUGGAUAAAAGCUCUUAACAUAAAAACAAGCAACAUUGAAGCCUAAUAAGACAUGGAGAAUAUGAUUAAAUGCUUUCUAGAAAGUAGAUUAAAAUGAACUUUUAUUAAUCUAUGAUUAUGAUUUAUGCCGAGAAGGCCUUGCAGAGCAUCUAAAAAACUAAAGUCCCAACAAGACCUGUUUUAGUCUGGGGAAAAAAGGUUGUUGACGAUAACUGAAACAAACACUUUUAGUCAACAAAAUGAACACUUCGUAUACCUGAUGCCAACUUUAAUGGGAUAGUUUCCUCUCCUUGGCUAUGGUACCUAAAUGUCAUUGAAUAUAUACAUAGAUAAAUGCCUCUGACUAUGUCUCUGUGGAAUUUUAUUAGCGUGUAUGCGAGUUCCUAAUUAUUUUUGAUUCAAUUACAGUUGCACCUCACUAACCUCAUUUUGUGAGUGACUUUACUUAUUUGCCGCCUUUGCUCUCUGGGGUAUUUACAAUUAAAGAUAUAUGAAAACGA